AUGACGGAAGAUGAGAUCCGUGCCUUCGUCAGGCAGGAGAUGAGCCAGCACUGUGCCUGUGGCAGCCACUUCCCACAGCACCUGGAUUCACGGCAGGACAGGCAGAUCAAUCUUGAUACUGAUGACCUCGAGUAUGACAGCAUGUAUGAAGAGGAGGAGGACUAUGAUGAGAUCUCGGAGAUGGACAGCUUGGAGAAGCUCACAGUGGAUGCUGAGCCCUGCAGCCUACCUCUGGAUGAGGGGGACUGCCAGCGCUACACACUACGAUGGUACUACAACCAAAGAGUCACUGAGUGCCGGCCCUUCGUCUACAGCGGCUGCCAGGGCAACCUCAACCGCUUCGACAGCAAGGAGGAGUGCGAGCUGCACUGCGGGCAGCGCCCAGGGGCAG